CUGAGUUUCAAAAAACAGACACUACCCGAAGGCAUUAGCUCAAACAAGGAGCUCAAGAGCUCUUUUCUGCAUGCAUGGAACCUACCUAGGCAGCAUUCGAAUGUUUAUUGUUUGGUGGGUGUCAGCCUGGCUCUUCUUGCGCAAAUGUGAGCCCGAGAAUUCGUCUUGGUAUUUACACCUAAUAUCGGCAUUGUUUGUGUUGCUUUCAACCCGUGGAGUUAUAAUUUUAAUGUGAAUUAGAGUCUAAUAAUGCUUCCUAGUCCAGUUACUUCGACUCCUUUCUCAGUAAAAGAUAUUCUUAACCUGGAACAGCAGAGUCAACAGCACCAAGCCCUGCAUCAUCAGCACACACAUGUCCAGCUGCAGCAGGAUUUACAACAGUCGCAGCAUUUCCAGACAUCAUCCUGCAUGCUCGCGACUAGAGCGAGCCCUGGGUUUUCGGACGGAGAGGAAAAAAUGUCGUAUCUAAACUCUUUGACUGUCCCGGACAGCCAUGGGGAUGUUAGUAUCUCUUCCGACAUUUAUGUUCAUGCUAUUGGAAACUCGAACGACUCCAAGCUGGAAGCGGAUCAUCUUGAAGAUCAAGACACUAAAAGCUGUGGUGUUAAGAGGUCCCAGGACUGCGAUGACAACAGACAGGAAGACCCUGAAAGGCCCAAGCAGAGAACUAGACGGAAACCUCGAGUGCUUUUCUCUCAGGCUCAAGUGUUUGAACUGGAACGGCGGUUUAAACAGCAGAGAUACUUGUCUGCACCCGAAAGGGAACAUCUGGCUAGCACUCUGAAGCUCACCUCCACACAGGUGAAGAUAUGGUUCCAAAAUCGACGUUACAAAUGUAAAAGACAACGGCAGGACAAGUCUCUUGAAAUGGCCGGACAUCACCAUCCCCCACCACCCAGACGUGUGGCAGUGCCAGUUUUAGUCCGGGAUGGUAAACCCUGCUUGGGAGGGUCUCAGAACUACAGCACUCCAUACACUGUGGGAACAAGCCCUUAUGGCUAUAAUAGCUACCCAAACUACAGUACUUACAGCAACCCCACCUAUAACUCAAACUAUAGCUGCAAUUAUUCCAGUAUCCCCUCAAUUCCACAGAAUAAUGCCUUCAUGAACAUGAAUUUCAGUAGCAUCGGGACUUUAAGCAAUGGUUCGCAACCACAAACGCAUCAGGCGACAACAGUUUCAUCUUGCCAAGGAACACUACAAGGAAUACGAGCGUGGUAGCAGCUUAUUAAACGUGCACCUUGCCUUAAAGACAUAAUUGGUUACAAUUUUCUAGAUAUUAUUUUUUUAUUUGUACUGUGUGUAUUGUAUAUUCAUUUACAACCAAUGAACUAUAACAAGGACAAUUUAUGGCGAAGUUUCGGGACUUAUUAUUAAACUAAAUCUUAGUUGAAUAUUUAUGUUUUAAAGGUUAUAAGUGUUAUCUCAUUUAUUAUAAACUGCCAACUGGCCUUUUCUUUUUUUUUCUUUUUUUCUAGAAUGUAUUAUUUUCCUUAAGAUCAAAGGUAAAAGUUACGCAAAGCAAUGUUCACUGCAUUUUUUUACGUUAUACUUCAAAUUGCAAUAUCUAUUAAUCAAAUUCUCUUUUCAUAUUCCUGUAUAAUUUUUCAUGGAACAUAAACAUAACAUGUAUGAACCGAAAAUAA